GUCCGUGAGGAGCUAGCUUUGGGGAAAGCUGUUUGAAUAACGUCUUAACUGAUAAUUGACCUACUGAAGCUUUUCCCGAUUAUCCGACUUAAGGAAGCAUAUCCUGAUUGCAAGACAGCUUUACUGACUGGUCGUUCGUUCUAUUCUUAAUAAGGAACAGAGUCCUGAGCACUGACCAGGAUGAGCAAUGUCUACAUCCAGGAGCCUCUCACGAACGGGAAGGUUUUAUUGAAAACUACAGCUGGAGAUAUUGACAUAGAGUUGUGGUCAAAAGAAGCUCCUAAAGCUUGCAGAAAUUUCAUUCAGCUUUGUUUGGAAGGCUAUUAUGACAACACCAUUUUUCAUAGAGUUGUACCUGGUUUUAUAGUCCAAGGGGGAGAUCCUACUGGCACAGGGGCUGGUGGAGAGUCUAUCUAUGGAGCCCCAUUCAAAGAUGAAUUUCAUUCACGGUUGUGUUUUAAUCAGAGAGGACUGGUCGCCAUGGCAAACGCUGGUCCUCUUGAUAAAGGCAGUCAGUGUUUCUUUACACUGGGUCAUGCAGAUGAACUUAACAAUAAACAUACCAUCUUUGGAAAGGUUACAGGGGAUACAGUAUAUAACAUGCUACGACUGACAGAAGUAGACAUUGGUGAUGAAGAAAGACCACGUAAUCCACACAAAAUGAAAAGUUGUGAGGUUUUGUUUAAUAGUUUUGAUGACAUCAUUCCAAGGGAAAUUAAAAAGCCAAAAAAAGAGAAACCAGAGGAAGAAGUAAAGAAAUUGAAACCCAGAGGCACAAAAAAUUUUAGUUUACUUUCAUUUGGAAAGGAAGCUGAGGAAGAAGAGGAGGAGAGCAGGAAAUGCUGAAGUUGCUCACCUUUACAUAGGAGCAGAGUGGUAUUGCA